GCCAACACCGGGGGAGGAGCAGCCAGGGCUGGCAGAGAGCUGUUGCUGCUUGCCGGGAGUGGAUUAUCGCCUCCCCUUCUCCCUGCUGAGGGACUGGCCGGGCGGGAGAGGCUGCGCAGGUAGCGGUUCCUUGUCUCUGAUCCCUGCCAUUCCCCAGGUUUGCAUCAAUGGUAAAGGAGGAUAUUGUAAAUGACAAUGGAGAUUCUGAGCCAUCAGUAUGUGAGAGAAAUGGCAUGAUUCCCAUGCAUGAGAAAAGUGAGGAGGGACCACCGGUAGAUGCCAAAGGUACUGAUGGGAAUAUACAAACAGAAGAAACUGCUCUCUUGAAUCACUGUGCUCAGCAACCUCCGGAACCAACAGCAGGGUCUUCAAUACCUGCAAGAACAUGGAGGCAAACAUUUACUUGUCCUCCUCAGGGUUUACUGGCCCGAACAGUGACAAAUGUUGCAAUCGUGGCCCUGGUUUGGGCUGUGGUUUGGUCCAUCACUGGGACUGAGUGUCUCCCAGGUGGAAACCUGUUUGGAAUUCUGUUUCUUUAUUUUUUUGCUGUCAUCGGAGGUAAAAUUUUUGGAUUCAUUAAAAUACGAACGCUACCCCCUCUCCCUGCUCUUCUGGGGAUGCUACUUGCUGGUUUCCUAAUCCGAAAUACCCCAUUCAUUAGUGACAUCGUCCAGAUAAACCUACACUGGUCUGCAGCACUGAGGAAUAUUGCUCUUUCAAUUAUCUUGACCCGAGCAGGACUCGGCCUGGAUCCAAAGGCUCUUAAGAAGCUCAAAGCAGUCUGUUUGCGGCUUUCUUUUGGACCGUGCAUCUCAGAAACAUGCACGGCUGCUGUUCUUGCCUACUUAUUCAUGCAUUUGCCCUGGCAAUGGGGAUUUAUAUUAGGUUUUGUUCUAGGUGCAGUCUCUCCUGCUGUGGUGGUUCCCUCAAUGCUGAUUUUACAAGCUGGAGGAUAUGGGGUGGAGAAAGGUGUCCCAACUUUGCUAAUGGCAGCUGGCAGCAUUGAUGACAUUCUGGCUAUCACAGGCUUCAACACUUGCCUUGGGAUGGCUUUCUCUUCUGGCUCUACUCUGUACAAUGUGCUCCGUGGAGUGCUGGAGGUUGCUGUUGGCAUAGCAGCUGGGGGGAUUCUGGGAAUGUUUGUUCGAUAUUUCCCAAGCCACGAUCAGGCAUCUCUGGCAUGGAAGAGAUCAUAUUUUGUACUUGGGCUGUCCAUGUUUGCUGUUUUUGGCAGCAUCUACUUCGGCUUCCCUGGAUCAGGAGGGCUCUGCACAUUAGUCUUAGCUUUUGUUGCAGGUGUGGGAUGGUCUGACGAAAAGAGGGAAGUAGAAAAAAUUGUCGCAGUUGCAUGGAAUAUCUUUCAACCUUUUCUUUUUGGUUUAAUUGGAGCAGAAGUAUCUGUUACGUCUCUCAGGCCUGAAACUGUUGGGCUCUGCGUUGCUACAUUAGGCAUUGCCCUGGUUGUGCGAAUCAUAGCAACGUUCCUGAUGGUGUGUUUUGCUGGGUUUAAUUUCAAGGAGAAAGUAUUUGUCUCAUUGGCAUGGAUUCCCAAAGCCACUGUCCAGGCUGCAAUAGGUUCCCUUGCCCUGGAUACAGCAAGAAGUCAUCAGGAUGAGCAACUGAAAAAGUAUGGAAUGGAUGUACUGACAGUAGCCUUCUUGGCUAUCUUGAUCACUGCUCCAGUUGGAGCCCUGGUUAUUGGCUUGGCAGGGCCCAGACUUCUGCAGAAGGCUCAGACAAAUACCAAGGAGGAUGAGGAAAGUGCUGAGGUCAGAGAAGAGGCAGAGGCCUGUGAACCUUCAUAAGACAGACAUCUACAGGAAUAUGGUCCUUCAGCCCUUACACUUCUGUUGAGUAAACACAGCAUGUCUGUAAUGUUUCUGGAGGAAACCAAAACAAGUAUCAGUUAUGUCUGCUAUUUGAAAAGCAGCCCUGCUGGAGUUUUAUAAAAUGUUUUUAUGUGUUGAUGGUGCCUUAAGAGAUGAAAUAGCUGAACAUACAGUGAAUAUGCUGGUCAGGCAGUGAGUCACUGAGAAGUUAGCAGUCAACAGUUAGUUGGAAUGUGUGGGUGUGAGGCCAGGGAGAGGAUCAGAAUUGUUCAGCCAUGGAGUGGAGUCAUGAGGUGGAAUAUAAACAGAAGAAAAUGGAGACUAAUGUGAAUAACUUCUUGAUGGUUGAAACUGGGCCAUGAGAUGACAAGUUCAACAGCUCAAAGAAUGCAACUUCUGAGUAAGAGACUGCUGACACACAGUGAACAAGUCCCGCCACAGGUUGGCGAUUCCCUCUCCUUCCUUAUUUGGGUUCCAAAACUUGCCUUUUCCUAUGGCUGUUCUUCCUCACAGCUCUCACACACCUUUGUGCCUUCAAGGGACUGUCGGCUCUUGUCGUAGCAAGAAACAGCAAGUGGUACUUAUGUGCUGAAAGAGACAGUUGGGUCCAUCACAGACUGUGGUAAUACACAUGGUGCUGGUGGGAAAAAAGACUGAGCUUGAAAGUGGGAUGAGAGUUGUGUGGAGGCUGUAAGAACUGGGAGAGGGUUGUAUGGGAUUGGGAUGGCUGCUGCUUCAGCUGUGUACCUCAGCCUUUGCACAACAUGAUGUCAAGGGAGGGAAAGCCAACUCUUCAGCCACUGAGAGUGGCUAUGUUCUGGUGCUGGCCACUGCAGGACAGAGGGGAGAGCGCUUAUCAGGUGGGUUUGCUGACAGGGCAAGGCCAAGGUGGCAAUGAGUUGUCUGUUUCUUCCUCAGCUCCUUUUGGGGAACUUGGCAGCAGACCUCUUCUCAAAUCAAGAUUCAUGGGUCAGAUGGGAUCUGUUGCUUUGUCCUAAGUUAAUACUUAUCUGGCUGGAAAAUGUCAUGAUCAGGUCCUUCUCACAUCUGCAUUUGGGUAACUGCAUCAAAGAAAACCAGGUAUUUGCUAAAAAUAUAGCCAGUUAGUUCUCAUUUUUCCAAGUGGCUGGCUGGAUUGACUGGAGAGGCCUCUCGGAUUUGCCACGGCAUUUUUGACCUCUGACUGAUGCAGAAAACUUAACAUACUUCAAAUGAACAGCCUUGAAAAUGCAGUGCCGAGAGGGAUGGUACAAAGUGAAAGAAGCCUCAUUCUCACCUACCUUCAGAAAGGCUGCUGUGAAGGCAGGUGUCACGAGGAAGCAGUGUUUAGGACACAGCGCUAGCACCCUCAGCGUGUACCCACAGAUCCCAUGGGUCUUUCCAGAAACACAAGUUGUGUGCAGCUGUGGAUCACGAUAUAAUGAUUGGCAGUGGUCCUGUUGAAUAUCUUGCCAAAACAUUUCACCAGGGGGAGCAAAAAGCUCAAAUGUGGUUUUCUUCAUUUUAUUCAAUAUAGAUGCCUACUGCACAGUCAGUUGCAAUAUAGUUCACAUUUGAUUUUCCCAUUCCCAGAAGAGUUUCCUUUCUCUUUUCCUUGACUGUCCUAAAGUCAGGAGUAAACCUCCUCUGUUGAUCAAAAUCCUGCUCUUACCUUUAGCUUUGCUGUCAGUUAGGGUUUAGUAUUAACAGAUAUCAGCAAAUCAUUCUCACUCUGCUAUGUUUUUUACAACUAGCUCCAAGCAGGUCAUUCCCAGCUCCAUUCUGAGGUGUGGAGUCAGUACAGCAUCCCUCAGAAACCAGAAGUUUUAUUUUUUUAUUUUUUAGUAAGGAUGUUAGAUUGUGCCUGUAACUGAGAUGGACAAUGCCUUCCUGCAGAUUUCUACACUACAGUUCACCGAACUCAUUUUAUAGGAUACUGUAUAGAAUAUAUUUGAUGUCUAGAUAUUUUGGCAUUAGUAAGCAAGAAUUAGUCAAUUCUAUUUUAGCUUUUACACUUUUAAUAUGCAACACAAAAAUGUAUAAAAAUACUUUUAAAAGAAAACUGAAACAGUAUGAUUUGCAGAGUGUCCAUGUAUGCCUCCGUAUACAGAUUAAUUACAACUCAGUA